AUGCAAAGAAGUAGAAGAAGAAGAAGAAGAUAGUGGGUGAGCAGGAAACUUCACCAGCUGAAACGAAACUCCACGAAAGGAUUUACGAACAAGUUUUUUGCAAAACUUGCUACGUUACAGAUAUGGCAACUGCCAGCAGUCUGCUGUCAGAGGAGAAGUUCCUGUGUUCUGUCUGUCUGGAUGUGUUCACUAAACCAGUUACAACGCCAUGUGGACACAACUUCUGCAGUGCAUGUAUCCAGAAGUACUGGGACGGCAGUGACAUUUACCAGUGUCCAUUAUGCAACAAGACAUUUUCUCAAAGACCCGAACUCCAAGUCAACACUGUCAUGUCUGAGUUAGCUGCUGAGUUGAAGACGUUAGUUCAAGCUAAGGCCUCAACUCCAGACCCACAACUUCCUGGAACAGCAGACGUUCUUUGUGAUAUCUGCUCUGAGAUGAAGGAAAAUGCUGUUAAAUCUUGUCUGACAUGUCUAGCGUCUUUCUGUGAAGAGCACCUUGAGCCACAUCAGAGAGUUGUUGCUUUCAAGAGCCACACACUGUUAGACCCUGUGAAGAAUCUUGAUGACAGAAUGUGCAAGACGCACAACAAGAUAACAGAACUGUACUGCAGGACCGACAAGGCCUGUAUUUGUGUCUUGUGUAUCAAAACCGAUCACAAGAGUCACAAUGUCGUCCCGCUCGAGGAAGAAUAUGAAGCAGCGAUGGCAAAAAAAGACGAGACGAUGGCAAAUAUCCAAAAGAUGAUACAAUCACGGUCCGAGAAGAUAGCUGAGAUUGAAAACUCGGUUGAUGUCGGCCAGAGAGAAGCUGAGAAAGAGAAAGAAGCCAGUGUGCAGGUCUUCACCGACUUGAUCCGCUCCAUCCAGAGGAGCCAGGCCGAGCUUGUUGAGGCCAUCGAGGAGAGGUACAGAGCAACAAAGCAGAAGGCUGAAGGUUUUCUCACAGAACUGAGGAUGGAAGUCGCUGAGCUCGAGAGCAGAAGCAAACAGCUGGAGCAGCUGUCACAGUCUGAGGAUCACCAUCAUUUUCUCCAGAGCUUCCCAAACUUGUGCUCUCCUUUAAACAAGGACUGGGCCAACAUCGGUGUUCACAGCGAUCUGUGUUUCGAGACGGUGAGAGGUGCUGUGACUCUACUGAAACAGAGAGUUGAUGAAAUAAUGGAGGAGCUUCCUGAGAUCAAAAUGAAAAGAAUGAGAGAACAUGCCGUCGACUUGACCUUUGACCCCGACACAGCAUUUAGCUCACUUGUCAUAAGCCAGGAUGGAAAACAAGUGAUAAAUACAGGCAUACGCCAGAUUCUUCCCAAAAAUCCAAAGAGAUUUGAAAUGUGUUUUGAGGUUUUGGCAAAGGAGGGGUUCACAACAGGGAAGUUUUACUAUGAGGUGCAAGUGAAAGGAAAGACCAAGUGGGUUGUUGGAGUGGCCAGAGAGUCUGUUAAUAGGAAGGAGAACACGGCUCUGUCAGUUAAAAAUGGUUACUGGACCAUUAUGUGUGAUGAGGGUAAAUAUAGUGCAUGUGCAUCACCAACUGUUAAAAUCACACUGAAAGAAAAGCUUCAGAAGGUGGGCAUCUUUGUGGACUAUAAUAAGGGAGUGGUUUCCUUCUAUGAUGUGAAUUCAAAAUCACAUAUUUAUUCUUUCACUGGCUCCUACUUUACAGAGAAACUGUAUCCAUACUUCUGCCCUCAAGAAAACGAAGAUGGAGCAAACUCUGCCCCCCUCAUCAUAACCCCUGUACCUCAAACACAUAUGGCAACUGCCAGCAGUCUGCUGUCAGAGGAGAAGUUCCUGUGUUCUGUCUGUCUGGAUGUGUUCACUAAACCAGUUUCAACACCAUGUGGACACAACUUCUGCAGUGCAUGUAUCCAGAAGUACUGGGACGGCAGUGACAUUUGCCAGUGUCCAUUAUGCAACAGGACAUUUUCUCAAAGACCUGAACUCCAAGUCAACACCUUCAUUUCUGAGUUAGCUGCUGAGUUUAAGAUGUUAGCUCAAGUCAAGGACUCCACCUCAGACCCACAACUUCCUGGAACAGCAGACGUUCUUUGUGAUAUCUGCUCUGAGGUGAAGGAAAAUGCUGUUAAAUCUUGUCUGACAUGUCUAGCGUCUUUCUGUGAAGAGCACCUUGAGCCACAUCAGAGAGUUGCUUCUUUCAAGAGCCACUCACUAUUAGACCCUGUGAAGAAUCUUGAUGACAGAAUGUGCAAGACGCACAACAAGAUAACAGAACUGUACUGCAGGACCGACCAGGCCUGUAUUUGUGUCUUGUGUAUCAAAACUGAUCACAAGAGUCACAAUGUCGUCCCGCUCGAGGAAGAAUAUGAAGCAGCGAUGGCAAAAAAAGAUGAGACGAUGGCAAAUAUCCAAAAGAUGAUACAAUCACGGUCCGAGAAGAUAGCUGAGAUUGAAAACUCGGUUGAUGUCGGCCAGAGAGAAGCUGAGAAAGAGAAAGAAGCCAGUGUGCAGGUCUUCACCGACUUGAUCCUCUCCAUCCAGAGAAGCCAGGCCGAGCUUGUUGAGGUGAUCGAGGAGAGGUACAGAGCAACAAAGCAGAAGGCUGAAGGUUUUCUCACAGAACUGAGGAUGGAAGUCGCUGAGCUCGAGAGCAGAAGCGAACAGCUGGAGCAGCUGUCACAGUCUGAGGAUCACCAUCAUUUUCUCCAGAGCUUCCCAAACUUGUGCUCUCCUUUAAACAAGGACUGGGCCAACAUCGGUGUUCACAGCAAUCUGUGUUUCGAGGCGGUGAGACGUGCUGUGACUCUACUGAAACAGAGAGUUGAUGAAAUAAUGGAGGAGCUUCCUGAGAUCAAAAUGAAAAGAAUGAGAGAACAUGCCGUCGACUUGACCUUUGACCCCGACACAGCAUAUUACUCACUUCUCAUAAGCCAGGAUGGAAAACAAGUGAAAGAUGCAGACAUAGACCAGAAUCUUCCCAACAAUCCAAAGAGAUUUGAAAUGUGUUGUGAGGUUUUGGCAAAGGAGGGGUUCACAACAGGGAAGUUUUACUAUGAGGUGCAAGUGAAAGGAAGUACCCAGUGGAUUGUUGGAGUGGCCAGAGAGUCUGUUAAUAGAAAGGAGUACACAGUUCUGUCAGUUAAAAGUGGUUACUGGACCAUUAUGUGUGAUGAGGGUAGAUAUAGUGCAUGUGCAUCACCAGCUGUUAAAAUCAGAUGGAAAAAAAAGCUUGAGAAGGUGGGCAUCUUUGUGGACUAUAAUAAGGGAGUGGUUUCCUUCUAUGAUGUGAAUUCCAAAUCACAUAUUUAUUCUUUCACUGGCUCCUACUUUAGAGAGAAACUUUAUCCAUACUUCUGCCCUCAAGACAACGAAAAUGGAGCAAACUCUGCCCCCCUCAUCAUAACCCCUGUACCUCAAACACACUGAGUUUGUUCU